AUGUUACUUGAAUACCUGCUGUUGCCGUUGCUGGCAUCUUGCAGCGCGGCAUAUACCAUUUCGGUUGCAAAGUCUGGUGGCAAUUUUACCACCAGCACUCAAUAUGGUGUCAUGGAAGAGGAAAUCAACCAUGGUGGUGAAGGAGGUUUGUAUGCAGAGCUGAUCCGCAACCGAGCCUUCCAAGGAAGCUCACUCUACCCAUCGAGCCUGGAAGCCUGGACUGCUGUUGGAGAAUCAACUUUGGCUCUUCAAAACCUCAGCAACCCACUGUCAUCUGCUCUCCCAACAUCGGUCAAGGUAUCUGGAAAAGGAAUCAUUGGCCUGACCAAUGAGGGAUGGUGGGGAAUUGAUGUGCGGCCUCAAAAAUAUUCUGGAACAUUCUACGUGAAGGGGUCCUACAAGGGUUCUUUCACGGCAUCCCUCAAGUCCGACACUACUGGAAAGACUCUGGCUAGCGUUGAGGUGACCUCUAAGAGUGUUGCAAAUGCAUGGGUCCAGCAUGAGUUCACACUCACGCCUAAGUCAAAGGCUGCCAACAGCAACAAUACGUUCUCCUUGACGUUUGAUGCCUCAAAAGCCUCUGGUGGAUCUCUUGAUUUCAAUUUGAUCAGCCUGUUCCCACCCACGUGGAAUAAUCGACCCAAUGGCUUGCGAACUGAUCUCAUGCAAGCUAUGAGUGACAUGGGUCCGACUUUCCUUCGUUUCCCAGGUGGAAAUAACCUUGAAGGAGAGACAAUUGACACUCGUUGGAAGUGGAACGAAACACUUGGGCCUCUCAAGGACCGCCCUGGCCGUCCUACCACCUGGGGCUAUGAAGAAACGGGCGGAAUGGGACUUAUCGAGUACAUGCAAUGGUGUGACGAUCUGAGCAUGGAACCUAUUCUCGCCGUCUGGGAUGGACUCGCCUUGAAUGAAGACAUCGUAUCCGAGGCCGAUAUUGGAAUCUACGUUGAAGAUGCACUCAACGAGAUUGAAUUUCUUACCGGCUCAGUCGACACCGAGUAUGGUGCUCUUCGGGCGAAAUACGGAUACCCCGACCCGUGGACUGUCAAUUUUGUCGAGGUCGGCAAUGAGGACCACCUCAAUAACGGCUUGGAUUCCUAUAUUGCAUACCGUUUUGCCGCAUUCUACGAUGCUAUCACGGAAAAAUAUCCCCACAUUCAGGUCCUUGCCUCGACCAUUGAACUGACACUGCCUGGCUCUGCUGGUGGCGAUUUCCAUCUGUAUGAUAUUCCGGAUAACUUUGUCAAGGCCUUUAACCAGUUUGAUCAGUACACCGACGCGCAUCGAAUCCUCCUGGGCGAGAUUGCCGCUACCGAAUUCAACAACGGCGUCGGUAUUGACUGGUCUGACAUCAAUUUCUCACUAUAUCCGUGGUGGAUCGCCUCGGUUGCCGAAGCUGUUUUCAUGUUGGGAGCUGAGCGAAAUGCGGACAAGAUCAUUGGAACGACUUACGCACCCUACUUUAUGAAUAUCAACUCGUACGAGUGGAGUCCGACUAUGUACGCUUUCAAUGCCGAUCCAGAUGACACCGCUCGGUCUACCAGCUGGCAUGUCUACAGUCUCUUCAGCCAUAGUCAUAUUACCAACACCUUACCUACGACGUCAGCUGAUGCCUAUGGUCCGCUUUACUGGGUUGCUGGUUUGAACAACAAGACCAGCUCGCACAUUUGGAAGGGAGCUGUGUACAAUAGCACCGAGAAUGUCCCCGUCUCGCUGACGUUUGAAGGUGUCGCAAAGGGCACAAAGGCUGACUUGACUAUCUUGACGGCUCCCAAUGCUUUCUCGAUGAAUGGAGUUGCGGAGACUAACAUUGUGAAUUCCAAGACGGAAACUAUCCAGGCAGGAAAGAGUGGGGUGUUCAGCUUCAGCUUGCCCAAUUUGAGCGUUGCAGUGCUCACUACCCACUGA